AUGGCUGAACACCCUUCUUUCACUCUCGCGGCUCUCUUGCCCGCCGGCGGCAUCGCCGGGUUCAUGCGAACAGGCUCUAAGCCCUCCUUGAUCGCAGGCGUGGGAUUGGGUCUUUCCUACGGAUUCGCUGGCUACCUGAUCAAGGAAAACAAGGACUACGGCACGGAGCUUGCGCUGGGAAACAGCAUCCUCCUGCUUGGCUCGGCCAUCCCGCGGAUCAUCAAGACCAAGGCUCGCUCCCCCAUGCCUCUGGUCCUUGGUGCCACCGGUCUGCUGGCGUCGUUCUACUACCAGAAGAAGGUCCGGGAGUUCAGGUUUGGUGUUUGAUGCGGUGUGUUGGAUGAGAUGACUACCAAAGGCUUAGUUGCUGGGUUGAUGAGGGAGUCUGUGGACACCCUGUGUAUUUUUACUGAGAAUAGGAUGCUGUAUGUUAUGUGCUGAGCUGUUCCUUUCGGGCUUGUGAUUAUUUGCACUAGGAAUUCAGAAAAAUUACCGACCCGACAGGAUUUGCGGGGAUCCUUCUGGGCGAACCAUUGGCU